AUGCAGAGGAGACAUAGCAGCAACACGGAUGGCAUGCCCUCUGAAAGGAGCCGUAGCCAAACUCUGGGGUCUGAAAACAGCCUGGAUGAGGGUGGUGUGUUUGACUGUUUAAAACCGGAUUCACCCACCUCACACCAACAGAUCUUCUCUGGCCUGGUGGGCGUUCCCUCUGGUUCUGUGUCCUCCGCUCAGUUUCAGGCCGCUGGCUUAGUCCUGGGCUCCCCUCCUGACGUUUUUAUUCAGAUGACCACCUCCUCCAGGGAAGAAUCGGGUCCUCAUCGCAGCGAGGUUGGGCCUUUCCUCCCUCGUCCUGCUCAGCAUCACCACCACCAUUCUCAUCACCACUUCCACCAUCAGCCCCUGCAGCACCGUGCUCCCUCUCUGCUCCAACAGGCCACUACAGCAGCUGGCUCUGAGAGGCAUGGCUCCAGGGAGGACUCACAGGAGGACCAGGCCACUCCAGCUCCAGCAUUGUCUGAGCUGAAGGCAGUGGUCACCUGGCUGCAGCGAGGCUUCCCCUUUAUCCUCAUCCUGCUGGCUAAAGUCUGCUUUCAACACAAGCUAGGUUUAGCUGUCUGUGUGGGGAUGGCUUGUACUUUUGCAUAUGCCAACUCAUCAUUAAAGCACCAAGUGGCAUUAAGGGAGCACCGGUCUCUGCUCGUUGCUUUGUGGAUCCUGCUGUUUCUCUCUGGAAAUAUUGUCUAUAUCUACUACACAUUCCGCAAUGAAGAGCUUCAGAACAGCCUCAUGUUUGCCAAACCAAACCUUGACAGUUUUGACUUCUUUGAUCUCAUUUGGAUCGUGGGCAUCACAGAUUUUGUCCUCAAAUACUUCACCAUUGGUCUGAAGUGUUUUGUCCUUUUCCUUCCGAAGAUUAUCCUGGCGUUCAAAUCAAGGGGAAAGUGCUACCUGCUGAUUGAAGAGCUGAGCCAGUUGUUCCGGACUCUGGUACCCAUCCAGCUUUGGUACAAAUACAUCAUGGGAGAGGACACUUCCAGCAGCUACUUUCUUGGGGCCGCACUCAUCAUAAUCUACAGCCUGUGCAAGUCCUUUGACAUCUGUGGUCGGGUUUCAGCCAUACGCAAGGCAUUUGUGAUUCUUUGUGGCACUCAAAACUAUGGAGUGCGAGCCGGCAGCCAGCAGUGCAGUGAGGCUGGUGACCUCUGCGCUAUCUGCCAGUCGGAUUUCAGAGAUCCCAUAGCUCUUCUCUGUCAGCAUGUGUUCUGUGAGGACUGCCUGUGCCUAUGGUUCGAUCGUGAGAGAACCUGUCCCCUCUGCAGAGCCACAGUCAUGGAGACCCCCCGGUCCUGGAAAGAUGGCACCACCUCGGCUCACUUUCAAAUCUACUAG